GUGACUCAGUUAAGUACGUUGUGUCUUGUUUCUGAACUGAGAAUGUUAUUAGUUUUGAUCUAAUGGUUAUUCAAGAAAUUUUACAAAUGUGUUUUAUUUUAUGACUAAGAAUAGAUAACAGUUUCUGUAAAUAUGAGGGACAGUGAAGAUGAAAGUUGCAUACUCACUGGAUUUUUGUUUGGAAAUAUUGAUGAAUCAGGAAAUUUGGAAACAGAUUUUUUUGAUUCCAACGAACGAAAACAGCUUGCUUCCCUUGGAAAGUUGGGUCUGGGUUCCUUUGUGAAAGACAUAAUAGGUGGUGAAAAAAUAAAAGAAGAAAUCGAAAGUGAUUCUGAAACCUAUGAUGGCCCACACAUAAAACAAGAUGAUACUGGGAUGGAAAACUUUGGUUCACAAGGCAGCUUACCUUCUGAAGGAUAUGGGUCGCAAGGCAGCCAUAGUGAAGGAAGUUUUAGCCAAGGAGGUUUCAGUCAGUCAAGUUUUAGUCAAGGAAAUUUCAGCCAAAGUAGUUAUUCAGGACAAAGCGGAUAUGAUUCUGGUACUGAUGUUAAGUCACCGUCAGCUGAAGAUUUCUUCGAUAUGACUGAACUUGCAGACGAGGAGCCAGACAGUAUAAAUGAAGAUUAUGAUGCUGAUGAUGAAACUCCCAAUAAAGAUGUCAAGCUCAUGCCUCCACCAAAAUUACCUGUUAUCAAAGAAUCUGCAGAAUCAGUGGGUUCGGAAGUAGUUGCCUAUCAAUCUGACAAUGAUAAAAAGAAAUUGGAGACCCCUUUGGCCGCAAUGCUGCCUUCUAAAUAUGCUAAUAUAGACGUAACAGAACUAUUUCCAGAUUUUCGCCAUGGAAAGGUGACUGAAGAAAAUGAGGCACAUGAAGAAAAUCAAGACGAACCAUAUCCAGAUGAUGCUUUCUUGAUGGUUACUCAAUUGAAUUGGGAAGAUGAUGUGGUUUGGGACGGAAAUGAUAUAAAACAAAAGGUGUUGCAGAAAUUGAGUUCUAAAACAAAUGCGGCGGGAUGGGUCCCCAGUAGCGGCAAUAGAACAGCUCAGGCUUUCAGUCAACCAGGAAAAGUAGGCACGUCAGUUCGAAUGCCUCCUGUACCGAAUCCACCAUUGCAGGGUUUGAAGUCAAAAACGCAAUUGUUGAAACCGAGACCUGAUCAGGAGCAGGAUGACACUUGGUAUUCCAUUUUUCCUGUUGAAAAUGAAGACUUGGUUUAUGGUAGAUGGGAAGAUGAUGUUAUCUGGGAUGCUGAAAACAUGAAAAAAGUUCCAAAACCGUCGAUCUUGACUUUGGAUCCUAACGAUGAGAAUAUUAUACUGGGAAUACCUGAUGAUAUUGACCCUUCCAAACAAAUCGCAGGUCAAGCUACUCCUGUGAAGGUUAAGAUCCCUCAUCCUCACGUGAAAAAAUCUAAGAUUUUGUUAGGAAAAGCAGGUGUCAUAAAUGUUCUUCAAGAAGAUGCAUGGAUUCGAACUGGUGGGUUAUCAAGCCAGAAUUCAGACUACCAACCGAAGAAGAAAUCAGAGCUAUGGUGUCUCCUGAACAGUGCUGUGCGUACUUUAGUAUGGUAGCUGCAGAGCAACGUUUGAAGGAUGCUGGUUACGGUGAGAAAUUCCUAUUCACCCCCGCGGAAGAUGAUGACGAAGAAAUGCAAUUAAAAAUGGAUGAUGAAGUUAAAGUGGCCCCUUGGAACACUACUAGAGCAUACAUUCAGGCUAUGAAGGGUAAAUGUCUCCUUCAGUUGACCGGACCUGCUGAUCCUACGGGUUGUGGAGAGGGUUUCAGCUAUGUCAGAGUCCCCAAUAAGCCGACUCAGAGUAAAGAAGAACAGGAAUCCCAACCUAAAAGGACCGUAACUGGAACCGAUGCAGAUUUAAGAAGGCUGUCUUUGAACAACGCCAAAGCCUUGUUGAGGAAGUUCGGAGUUCCAGAAGAGGAGAUUAAGAAACUGUCACGUUGGGAAGUUAUAGACGUAGUAAGAACACUUUCUACAGAGAAAGCAAAAGCCGGAGAAGAGGGUAUGGACAAGUUUUCCAGAGGUAACAGAUUCUCUAUAGCUGAACAUCAAGAAAGAUACAAAGAGGAAUGUCAACGCAUAUUUGACUUGCAAAAUCGAGUUCUGGCAAGUGCUGAAGUACUUAGUACUGAUGAGGGAGAGAGUUCGGAGGAUGAAAGUGAUGAAGAUAUUGAGGAAAUGGGCAAAAACAUUGAAAAUAUGUUAGCUAACAAGAAAACAAGCACACAACUUUCACUAGAGCGAGAAGAACAAGAAAGACAAGAAUUGAGGAAAAUGUUAAUUGAAGGCGAUAAAGAUAGACCUAAAGAUAAGAAGAAAGGAGAAGAAGAAAAUGAUGACCAAAGUUACCCGCAAGGUCGAGUAUUGAGGAUAAUUCGUACAUUCAAAACUCCAGAAGGCAAAGACUACCAUAGACAAGAAUUCGUUCGAAAGCAAGCUGUGAUAGACGCUUACGUUAAAAUCCGUAUGUCAAAAGAUGAAGCCUUCAUCCGACAAUUUGCCACUUUAGAUGAAGCUCAAAAAGAGGAAAUGAAGAGAGAGAAACGUAGGAUUCAAGAACAGUUGAGGAGGAUUAAGAGGAAUCAAGAAAAGGAAAAAAUGGCUGGUGGCCAUGUGCAGACUACACCAAUUGUUAGUUUAUCCUCUGCAAACUCUAUGGAAAAACUGCCCAAUCCUAAUGAAUAUGUUUCUACUCCUGUUACACCUACGUCAAGUAAAAGUACGACUUCCUCACCACCCAAAUCAAGAAGGAAAACUAAACUCAAACCUGAUUUGAAAUUGAAAUGCGGGGCCUGUGGCAAUGUUGGUCAUAUGAGAACAAAUAAAGCCUGUCCAUUAUAUCAAAACACGACAGGCAUGAGUACUCCGAUAAAUGUCGCUAUGACUGAAGAACAAGAGGAAGAUAUUGAAAAACAACUCAACACUGAUGAUGAAGAUCUUGUUAAUGUUGACGGUACUAAAGUGAAAUUAUCCGGAAAAUUACUAAAACAUGCUGAAGAGAUAAAACGUCGAAGUUUAAUGCUAAAAGUCCCUAGAGACGCCCUGGGAAAUAAAAAGAGACGGCGAGGAAUGUCUGAUCUACACUGUGACUAUUUGAAGAGACAUAACAGACCUGCGAAUAGAAGACGAACUGAUCCAGUUGUUGUUCUUUCUACUAUACUUGAAAAUAUUCUGAAUGAAAUGCGAGAUAUGCCGGAUGUACAACCGUUUUUGUUUCCUGUCAAUCCAAAGUUGGUUCUAGAUUACUACAGGAUUGUUCAAAGACCAAUGGAUCUUCAGACAAUUCGGGAAAACUUGAGGCAGAAAAAAUAUCAAAAUCGAGAAGAAUUUCUAGCUGAUGUGAAUCAGAUUGUCGAAAAUUCUAGUUUAUACAACGGAGCCAAAAGUAGUCUCACUGUUGCUGCCCAAAGAAUGCUUGAGAAGUGUGUCGAGAGAUUGGGAGAGAAGGAAGAUAGGCUAAUGAGGUUAGAAAAAGCCAUUAAUCCGUUAUUGGAUGAUAAUGAUCAAGUCGCUUUAUCAUUCAUCCUCGAAAAUGUUCUGAGCACAAAGUUGAAAACGAUAUCGGAAUCCUGGCCUUUCCUGAAACCUGUCAACAAGAAACUUGUUAAGGAUUAUUACAGUAUUGUCAAAAGACCCAUGGAUUUGGAAACCAUCACCAAGAGAGUUGCUGCUCACAAAUAUCACACUCGGCAUGAAUUCCUGGUGGAUAUCGAACAAAUCCUUGAGAACUGUGUUCUUUACAAUGGAAAGGACUCUGCUUUCACGGAAAAAGCGGAACAGUUAGUAAAGAUAUGUAAAGCUACUUUGGAUGAGUACGAUGAACAUCUCACGCAGUUGGAAAACAAACUGGUAUUGGCCCAGGAAAGAAUAAUGCAAGAUGAUGACCAAGCAUGGAUGGGCGCAGAUGAUGAGAACUAUACAAUUGCUGAACCGGAUCGUAUUAGCCAGGAAAGUUCGCCAGAACACCUUUCGUCUGUAAAAUCCCAACUAGACGAGUACGAUCUCAUAGAUGUGGAAGGCGAAGGGCUACAAUUAGAAGAUACAAUGUUCCCUAAGCCUCCAAAGAAGAAGAAACUCAAAAAAGAAGAAGCGCAUACCCUGGAAGAAGAUUUGCAGUUUUCAAGUGAAGAAGAACUGGAUGAGGUUCCUCUUAAUGAGUUUGAAGCUGACACUAAGAGCCUUCUCAUAUCCGCUGAAAUGCCUUUGGAAGGUGAAGUUGCGGAUGACGACAGUCAACAGGCAGCAGAAGCCAUGGUACAGUUGGGAACUAUGGGAUAUUAUCCUCCCAAUGAGAGCGAAGAAACAGAAACUUUGGUUUAUAAAGAAGAAGAAAGUAUGGACGUCGAUCCAAAUUAUGAUCCUUCGGAUUUUCUCAUGUCCGGUCUACCUUUGCGAAAAGUAGAAGAUUUACAUCAUGACACCGAAAUGAAGAUCCAUGAUGAUUUAGCAGUGAGUGAAAGUGAAGAUGAAGGUGCUAAUAUUCCUCAAGAACCUGUACAAGAAGAUGAUGAUGCAGGCGACCUUUGGUUUUAAAUGUUCAAUAUGGGUUACCUAAAGUAAUAAUUUGACUGUUUUUGUAUAUAUAUUAUUUCAUGUAUAUAUUUAUAUAUUAAUGUAUCAUUUAAGUUAACUUUUUGAAUUACACAGCCCACCAACAACUGA